AUGGCUGACAUGACACCGCUGGACGUACUGCGUAGCUUACUGGCGAUUCCAUCGCCGGUCAAGUCUCAAUUGAGAGAGCCAGCAGUACAGGAUUUCAUCAGGAGAAACCACACCUUUGACUUAAUGAUCUUCGAGCGUCUGCCUUACCAAGGUUACUAUGGACUGCACCACAAGAUUGGUUCGCCACCGCUCAUCGGCUUCGUGACGUUGUCUGCAUACUCGCCUGUGUAUUACGCCUUGGGGAACCCCAUGAAUCCAGCCUACAUCCCUGAAAUCUGGGAGGGCUUCUCUGAUCACAUGAACUUUUGGCAGCGCCUGUACAACACGUACCUUACACUACGUUUCCACUAUAUGUGGUUCUACAAAAUACUUCCGAAGCAGGAGAUGAUUAUGAGAGAACAUUUCGGAGCGGAACCACCUUCUGUUCACGAAACCGAACGCAACUACAGCCUACUCAUAGUCAACAACCACUUUACCACGGAAUAUCCGCGGCCUCAUCUACCGAGCGUCAUAGAAGUCACUGGACUCCACGUAUCGACGAAGGUCGAACGAUUACCAGAGAACCUACAGAAAUUCCUAGACGGAGCCAAACACGGCGUCAUCUACGUCAGUCUCGGAUCAAACGUCCGGAGCAACGCACUGCCCCAAGAGAAGUUCCAGGCUUUUCUGGAGGCGUUCAGACAGCUGCCGCAACGCGUCCUCUGGAAGUGGGAGAACGACACACUGCCUUCACAGCCGGAGAACGUGAUGGUCAGCAAAUGGAUGCCGCAACAAUCCGUGCUGGCUCAUCCAAAGGUCCGCCUCUUCAUAAUGCAAGGAGGUCUCCAGAGCAUGAACGAGGCGACGUACCACGCAGUUCCUCUUGUGGUCAUACCUUUCUUCGCCGACCAGCCGCACAACGCUGCCAAGAUUUCGCAGGCGGAAAUUGGCGUCAGGCUGGACUACCAUGACGUCACUAAGGACAACCUGCUGGCCGCUGUGCGGACCGUUCUGGAUGAACCAAAAUACGCAGAAAACAUGAAGAGACUUUCUGCCGUAUACCGCGAGCACAAGGCGGACUCGCUGGAGCGGGCCGUGUGGUGGAUCGAGUACGUGAUCCGCCACAGGGGGGCCCCACACCUGCGCAGCGCAGCCCUCGACCUGCACUGGUGGCAGCUGCUGCUGCUCGACGUGGUCGCUUUCGUUCUGGUGGUCGUCGCCCUCACACUCUGCCUCGUCUACUUCGUCACGCGAUACGCAGAAAACAUGAAGAGACUUUCUGCCGUAUACCGCGAGCACAAGGCGGACUCGCUGGAGCGGGCCGUGUGGUGGAUCGAGUACGUGAUCCGCCACAGGGGGGCCCCACACCUGCGCAGCGCAGCCCUCGACCUGCACUGGUGGCAGCUGCUGCUGCUCGACGUGGUCGCUUUCGUUCUGGUGGUCGUCGCCCUCACACUCUGCCUCGUCUACUUCGUCACGCGGCGGGUAGUUUCCUUCUUCACAGGCAGCAAACAGAAACAGAAGCAGAAAAAACAGUGA